AUGCGCCGCUGCUGGGGCUGGGGCGGUGGGGGCGCCAAUGCAAUGCUUGGCAGUAAAGUGUGCGGCUUGGCUAGGGUGGCGCUGACGCCGACGACGGCAGCGCGUGGCGUGGCAUGCGUGCACAGGGCUCUCCGCGGUGGACGAGCAGCGGUGCAGACAGCGGCUCCGGUGACGAGGGAGGAGGCGUCCCUGUGGCGCUCUGCUGUUGGUGUUGGUGCUGUUGGUGUUGCUGGUGCUGGUGCUGGUGCUGGUGCUGUUGCUGGUGCUGUUGCUGGUGCUGUUGCUGGUGCUGUUGCUGGUGCUGUUGCUGGUGCUGGCGCUGGUUCUGGUGCUGUUGCUGUUGCUGUUGCGGAGGCUGGGCCCGGUAGGGCGGGCUGA